AUCCAAAGCGCCGAAAAUCACACGCUCUUCCAAGUUAUUUAGGGUUUGUUUCGGUGUGUGAUCCUUAGGGUUUGUUUCGGCGGUGAUGGGUGAGAGGCUCAGCGGGACGGUCAAGUGGUUCAAUGACCAGAAGGGGUUCGGCUUCAUAACCCCCGACGAUGGUGGCGAGGAGGUCUUCGUACACCAGUCCUCGAUCCGAUCCGACGGAUUUCGGAGUCUGGGUGAAGGCGAGGCCGUUGAGUACCAGAUCGAGUCCGGAAAUGAUGGCCGGACCAAGGCCGUUGAUGUCACGGGCCCAGCUGAAGGUCCCGUCCAGGGUAGCCGAGGAGGCGGAGGCGGAGGCGGAGGCGGCGGGAGAAGUGGACGUAGUAGUGGAGGCUACGGUGGUGGAGGUUAUGGUGGUGGCGGUGGGUACGGUGGCGGUGGCGGUGGUUAUGGUGGCGGUGGUGGGUACGGUGGUGCCAGAUCGGGAGGCAGAGGAAGCGGCGGCGGUGGAUAUGGCGGUGGGUACGGUGGUGGCGGCGGCGGUGGAGGGAGUUGUUAUAAGUGUGGUGAAAGCGGCCAUUUUGCAAGGGACUGUUAUCAGGGAGGAAGCGGCGCUGGAGGCGGUGGUGCUGGCGGUGGCGGUGGCGGUGGCAAUUGCUACAACUGCGGUGGGACUGGGCAUUUCGCUAGGGAGUGUCCCAACAGCGCUCGUUGAUCGGUUGUGCUUUGGUUACUAGUGUGUUUUUUCACACAUUUAAUGUACUUUCUUGUUUUUUUUAUAGGUGGUGUUCUUUCGAGGAUGUUUCUUGAUGACCCACUUUUGGUUUGGCGUUCAUGUUUAUGGGUCACUCCGUAGUAAUCUGUUUGGCUUAACUAGUACCUGAUUAGUUUCUUAGAUGGAUUGCUGGUUGGUUUUCUUUUUGGUCUCUCUUCUAUAUUGAUGUUUUUGGUUAUCACUGAUAGUGUGUCUUGGCUGGGACAGAGUAGAGGUUGUGCAAGUGGUGAAAUAGAUGCUCAUUUUGAUGUUUA